AUGUUUAUAUGUUGUAAGAGCAACAAGAAGCCAAAAGUUGUAUAAACUUAAACAUAAAUACCUCCUUUAUAAGCUCAAACUAAAUAAUCAAAAUAUCAAAUAAGAACCUCUAAUGAUUAAGAUCAACAUUCAACUAAUUUAACCAACAUGGAAGGAACAAACGAUAAGAUUAAUUUGAGUUUAUAAGAAAUUGAGAAGUUCAUUUAAUAUGACAAGAAAACUUUAGAGCAAGAAAGGGAAUUAGUUACAAAAUUAAUUGAAUUACCUGAAAAGACUCAUUUAAUUGAAUUUAACUGGGCCAUUGCAUAUACUAAUUAUAUCAAAGAAGUAGGAUUACAUCCUGGAGAGAUUACAAAUAAAAUCCUUUAUGAUAAAUACAAAGGGAAAGAAGAAUUAGUAUUAGAUAAAGAUUACGUAUUAGUAAAUGAUUAGGUUUGGAAUGUGUUAAUAAAUAUCUAUAAAGGAGGACCUAUGAUUACAAUAUAUGAUUUAGAUAGAAAAAGUGAAAAUAAUAUCUUAGAUUAGUCACUUAAAGUAUUUGCUUCACCAUCAAUGAAUGAUCUUGAUAAAAAAUAAGGCAAAAUUAGAAAUAUAAAAUAAAUGCCAAUAAAAGAAUUAUAAAUAGUUGGAUUAGAGAAUGAAAUCUACUUUUGUUAUUUGAAUAGUGUAUUAUAAUGUUUAAUGGGUAUUCCUUAAUUAAAUUACCAUUUCCUAUAUACUUAUUAAUCUGAAUAUAAAUUAUUUAGUUAUGCUUAUGCAUUACUUUUAAGAAAAGCUUCUAAAGUACAUUAUAAAGCUCGUAUAGUAGCUAAGGAAUUAAUAAAAGUAUUACAAAAACAUUUCUCAAUAUAUGAAAUGCAUGAUAGUUCUGAAUUAUUACUCUUUAUUUUAGAUAAAUUUAAAGAAGAAUUAUUUAUAAAUAAUGCACCUUAAUUAAAUUAACCUUAAUAAUUUAAGUAAUCUCUUACAUUUAUUGAUGAAUUAUUUCAUGGAUAACUUACUUCAUUCAUUAAAUGUUCAAAUUGUGAUAAAAUUAGUUAGCAUUAAGAUCCAUUUUAUGAUUUAAGUCUACCACUUGUAGGUAAAAAUUUUAUGUAGAGAAAAUUAUCAAUAUAAGAAUGUUUAAGUAAUUAUUUUAAAGAAGAAAUGAUUGAAGGUGGAUGGACUUGUUCUUUUUGCAAUUAAAAAUUUAGAAGUAUAAAACGGCGUGUUAAAAUUACAUUUACACCAAAUAUUUUAGUUUUAUAAUUAAAAAGAUUUCAAAGUUAUCCAUUAAAGAAAAAAAUAAAAGAACCAGUCAAUGCUGAUAUGGAAUUGAAUAUUAAAAAGUAAAAUAUUAUAUUUAUAUAUAUAUAGUUUUUGUGUACCAGAAAUAAUUGAUACUAAAUAUGAAUUACAAGCUAUGAUUGUGCAUUCAGGAACUAUCGAUUAAGGUCAUUAUGUAGCUGUAGUCAAGCGUAAUCAAAAUGUAUGUUUAUCUUAAUGAUUUGUGAAGUUUUAUCUCUUCAAUGAUGAUGAAAUUGAGCGUCUCUCCCUUAACCAAAUCAAUCGAAUUGAUUCUGCUUAUCUAUUCAUGUAUCGUAGAAAAAGUGAUUGA